GGUUCCUGUCAAAAUGGCGGAUCGUAGGAGGCAGCGCGCUUCGCAGGAUAGCAGCGAAGAGGAUGAGUCCGAUUCGCCGCCUGGAAGCGCAGGUUCUUCACCGCAGAGCGGCACUCACCGCUUUGGCUUAGCCGGAGCGGCAAGCACCGGGGAUGCUACUGCUGGUACUGAAAAUGUGGAGGCGCCGGUGACGGUUGGAGGUAGCCCGGCCGACUCGGAGUGUGAAAGUGAAGAUGGCAUAGAAGGAGAUGCUGUACUGUCUGACUAUGAAAGUGCUGAGGAUUCUGAGGCUGAGGAAGGAGAAUACAGUGAAGAAGAAACAACUAAAAUGGACUUAAAGCGGGACAGAAAUGACACUGAAUUGAGAACAAAAGCAGACAAAGGGGAUGAGAAACCAGAAUCAAAAGGCACAGUUGCAGGUGAAAGGCAGAGUGGGGAUGGGCAGGAAAGCACUGAACAAGUUGAAAACAAAAUUGGUAAAAAACUUCCUAAGCAUCUAGAUGAUGAUGAAGACCGGAAGAACCCAGCAUACAUACCUCGUAAAGGUCUUUUCUUUGAACAUGACCUCCGUGGACAAACCCAGGAAGAGGAAGUCCGACCAAAAGGUCGCCAGCGUAAAUUGUGGAAAGAUGAGGGACGAUGGGAACAUGACAAGUUUCGAGAAGAUGAGCAAGCACCAAAAUCCAGACAAGAGCUAAUUGCUCUUUAUGGCUAUGAUAUCCGCUCUGCACACAACCCUGAUGACAUCAAACCCAGGAGGGUGCGCAAACCAAGAUUUGGGAGUCCACCACAGAGAGAAUCCAAUUGGUCCAGUGAACGACCAAGUAAGCCACCACGACAUCAGAGUCUAGACAGUACUUCUGUGGCACCUCGGACAUUCAUUAAUCGAAACUCCGCAGGGACAGGAUGGAUGGCCAGCCCAAGGGCAUUCCCCAAACCUAGUGGCUAUAAAGAUACUCGCCCAAGUUAUCGAGCUGUGGAUGUAAAUAGUCAACAUGCACCUCGCUUCAGUGAACAGUCAAAGCCUGAAAGCAGUUACCGGGCCAGACGAUCAGAUCCAAUCCCAGCAAGAGAGCCUUCUCCCAAAUCUGAGAUACCACCUAUUCAAAACAGCCCUGUUAAAAAAGAAGUAGUAGUUUUGGAAAAUCAAACUCCACCUGCAGAUAUUCUACAGACACAGCCAGAUAGGCCUGUGGAAAAAAAAUCAUAUUCUCGGGCAAGGAGGAGUCGGAACAAAGCAAGUGAGACAGGAAAAUUGGCAGAUGAAGUUCCACCUCCAUCAGAAUUGAUACCGGCACCAUUAAAAACUGCUGAUAUUAUACCAUCACCUUCUUCUGCAAAGACUGCUAAUUGGGAGGUACCUGUUGAGGCAAAUCUGGAUGGUCUUGAACAAGACAUGACUCAGUUGAAUAUGACAGAACAAAACUGGAACCAAGGGCAGCCCCAGUUCAUACCACCACAGGGUUUGCCUAAUCAGAUGCACAUUGGAACAGCCCCACCCCCUCAAUUCAACAGGAUAGAAGACAUGGGGGUUCAAGGUGGGCGUGCAAAACGCUACUCAUCACAGCGUCAGCGGCCUGUCCCAGAACCUGCUCCACCAGUCCAUAUAAGCAUAAUGGAAGGGCAUUACUAUGAUGCAUUACAGUUCCAAGGUCCAAUUUAUACACAUGGUGAAAAUCCUACUCCACUUCCUCCUCAAGGGGUGAUUGUUCAACCAGAAAUGCAUCUUUCACAUCCAGGAUUGCAUCCACAUCAGGCACCUGCACCUCUGGCUAAUGCUGGCUUAUAUCCUCCUCCUGUCUCCAUGCCUCCUGGGCAGCAGCCACCACCACCACCACCACCACCACAACAGCUGUUAGCACCAACCUACUUUCCCCCUCCUGGAGUAAUGAAUUUUGGCAAUCCCAGUUACCCCUACCCUCCAGGAGCACUUCCACCUCCCCCACCUCCCCACCUGUAUCCAAACACUCAAACCCAGUCUCAGGUGUAUGGAGGGGUCACCUACUACAACACAGUUCAGCAGCAAGUGCAGCCCAAACCUUCUCCACCCCGAAGAGCCUCCCAGCCAGUCACUAUCAAGCCACCCCCUCCUGAGGAUGGCAGACAUGAAAAAUCCAAAGAAAGGAACAACAUUUAGAGAAUUCUGCAUCUUGCUGAUUUCAGUAGAGUCCCAGAGCUGGCCCUGUGGAAGAUAGAAGACAGCUCCUUUGUGGAAUCUUUCCUCUCUUUUCCCUUGGUAAUGAAUGAUGCCCAGGGGUGCAGAUACAUCUGCUAGGCCAGGCCAUAUCAGUAUUAACUCUGAGGCAAGAUGUCUAUCAGAAGGGUAUCAGCAAAAUCAGAUAUCUUUGAAGUUCCCCUUUUUUUCUGGUGUAUUGUUCUUUGGAAGAUAUAUGUGUUCAAUGACAGUGAAGUUCUACUUUAUUCCUUUCUAAAUGUGAUGGUUUUUAAGUGUCAAGCUAAAUCUAUUCAGCAAAUUCCUUACGUUCAUUUCUCACUCGAUGUACCUGUCCCUGCUGUAUUUCUGUUCUGUUUGACUGGUUUGUUAGCUUGAGUUAUAUGAAUUUGUUUUCCUUGGCUAUGUUUCUUUUCCAACAAUAUAAUUUUAAAAUAAAAUACACUUUUACAUGUGCAAGAUUAUGCAUUUGGAUAGCUAAUGCCCUACAAUAGCCUUCAAAGAUAGACAUUUCAUGCUCAAAACAGUCUCUGGUGCAUUGUUAUAAGGCAAAAGGGGUAUUUGUUCCUUGUAUAGCACUCUUCGUUCUUUAAAACUCUAAAUCACUAUUUC